UCCAACCACUCUCUCUCCCUCCCUCCUGCCCGCUACGGAGUAUUUGUUUUUGUCUUCCCAGCGUAAGCUGAAGCCGACCCCUGUUCCACCGCUCGCCCCACCCUCCACGACCACCACCUGCUCGCCGAAAUGCCGACGCCGAGGCUCCUCCGGAUCCUCCCGCUUCUCCUGGCGCUGCUGCUCGCCGGCUCGCCGGACGGCGCGGCCGCGGCGGGCGGCGGCAACGGGACGUGCCCGCUGGACCUGAGCUACGUGCCCACGUUCCCGUGGGACCCCACCCCGUGCGCGGGGGCCGCGCCCAACAUGACGGCCUGCUGCCAGACGCUGCUCUCCGUGUUAGGCAUCGGCCUCGCCGGCCGGCUCCGCGCCACAGGCCAGUUCCGCGUCCCGUCCGCGGGGGCCUCCGCCGCCUGCCUCGCCGACUUCGCGGAGGCGGUCGCCGCGGCGCCGGCCUCCCUCCCGGGCGCCUCGCUCGUGCAGUCUUGCUUCCCGUCGCCAGAUGAGUUCACCGCUUCCCCGUCCUUCUGCGCCGGCGUCACCACCGCCGCCGAGUACAGGGCCGUCGUCGGGAACGCCUCCGUCGCGGGCCUGGACGCCGCCUGCGGCACCGACCUCUCGUCCUUGCCGAUCUGCGAUCGCUGCCAGUCCGCCGGCAUCGUCGCCACCUCCCCCCUCAUCGCCGCCAGCGCCAACGCCACGGCCGACUCACCGCGGAACUGCUUCUACCUCACCGUCAUGUACGCCGCCGGCAUCUCCAGCGGUGAGGGACCCAUCUCCCCCACCGCCGCUCAUUGCAUCCUCGGCCUCGGCCUAUCCACCCCUCCCUCCCACCACUCCAAGUCCAAUAACGCAGCCAUCUACGCCACCACCAUCCCGAUCGCCUUCAUCCUCGUCCUGUCAGUCCUUGCAUUCUUUGUCUGGAGAAAGACAAGGCACGCCAAGAACAAGAAGAGGAACCACACGAUCCCUGAGGAGGGGUCAGAGGGCCGGCGUCCGCACCUAAGGCCCAACACCGGGUCAAUACUCUUCAACAUUGCCGAGUUGUCCAAGGGCACGGACAACUUCGCGGAUCGAAACCUCAUUGGCCGCGGUGGGUUUGGAGUCGUCUACCGUGGGGUGCUCGCCGAUGGGUCUGUGGUUGCCGUCAAGAAGAUGCUCAACCCAGAAAUGGACGGCGGUGACGAGGAGUUCACCAACGAGGUUGAGAUCAUCAGCCACCUCCGGCACCGGAACCUGGUGCCGCUGCGUGGCUGCUGCAUUGUAGAUGACGACAUAGAGGAAGGGAAGCAGAUGUUCCUCGUGUAUGACUUCAUGCCAAAUGGAUCGCUCGAGGAGUUCAUCUUCCAGGACAGAGUAGGAGGCAGCAAGCGGGCGGCAUUGACAUGGACACAACGUCGGACCAUAAUAAUGGAUGUGGCAAAGGGGCUGGAAUAUCUGCAUUAUGGUGUCAAGCCUGCCAUCUAUCACAGGGACAUCAAGGCGACAAACAUAUUGCUCGACAAUGAGAUGCGUGCACGCGUGGCGGAUUUCGGGCUAGCCAGGAGGAGCCGAGAGGGGCAGUCUCACCUCACGACGCGUGUUGCCGGCACACAUGGCUACCUGGCGCCGGAGUACGCGCUCUAUGGACAGUUGACAGAGAAGAGCGACGUCUAUAGCUUCGGUGUUCUGGUGCUUGAGAUAUUGAGUGGACGGCAUGUGCUUGACAUGACGGCUUCGACAGGGCCAGUGCUGAUCACCGACUGGGCAUGGACACUCAUCAAGGCUGGCCAGUCAAGGGAGGUGCUCGACGAUGCAUUGUCGACGUGCGAGAGCCCAAGAGGUGAGGCCAUCGAAAGGUUUGUUCUUGUUGGAAUCCUGUGCGCUCAUGUGAUGGUUGCGCUCCGACCGACCAUCACCGAGGCGGUGAAGAUGCUUGAGGGGGACAUGGACAUACCAGAGAUACCAGAUCGGCCGCUGCCAUUCGGGCACAACUUUUUGAUGUUCAGCGAAGCUGGGAGCAACUUCAGCGCUUCACCGGCUAUCAGCGGCCCUUUAAUGGAUAAUGGGGACAUGCUUAGAUGAUGUAAUUCUCGUGUUUGUUCUGGUCAACUGAAGUCCAGAGUUGUGUGUCAUUACCUCUUGAUUAUAUUGACUUUUUGAAUGAGGCAUUCAAAUGACCAAAA